AUGUUCUUUUGUUUGCCUGUCUGGUUCGGUAAACGCAGCUGGGAUCGGGCUUAUGGCGACGAAGGGCACUACAGCGGGCUGUACUGUCCCCGCUGCCAGUCUUUUGCAGUGUCUCCCGUAAAGCGGCGUGAGUUCGUGACACUGCUGUGGGUGCCGUUUGUGCCGUUGUACUGGGGAAAUCAGCUGCGGUGCGCGGCGUGCGGGUGGCGCCAGGACUUCAAAAGCCAGGCGCAGCUGGAGAAGGUGCGCGCGGAGCAGGACAACAUCCGCGGCGGCAGGUACGGCGCGGCGCCGCCAGCGUACUAUUAG